GACAAGCCAAAUAUCCAUUUCAGCUCAAACUGUUUUCUUUUUUAGGUUUCCAUUUGAUAAAUUGUUCCGUAAAUUUUUGGUUAUUUCCCUAAUAAGCGACUAGUCACAAUCAUGGACAAUCCAUGUCAGAAAUCUUUGGAAGCUCUUGGUUUGGGUGUUUCGUGUGAAAUUAAAGCCAAACCAAAUAGUAAAUUUCAUUCGGAAUGGUUGAAGCAUUAUGAAAGAGGCUGUGCAAGAAGACCAAGAAGACUCGGGGACCAAGAUGAAAGUCAUCAGUCAUCAGAGGAAGAUAGCGAUGACCAGCUUGGAAACAUUAAUGGGCAACACAGCUCUGUCUUGCUUUCUAAAAUAAUCUAUGCCCGAUACGAAACAGCUGUGAAGCGCGUUGAGGAACUAUUAGCAAAAAAACGUACGAAGAAACAAAAACAUAAACCCAACCACCCACGCAUUUCGGCGGGCGCUUCCAGCAAUAAUAAUCCGAACUCAAAUACAUCCCCGGAUAUGGUCAGGCCGCCGUGCGGGACCGACGGAGCUGCCGAGCCUCACACAAGUUUUAGUCCGGUUGUAGAAAAGUCCUCGUCUGCUACAAGCAGAGUCGAAAAGCUUCCGAAAAACUGUGGCUGCUUUGAACCGAAGCCUGCCAAGCCUGCCUCUGGGGAUUCGAAAAAUGAUCUGGGUGCUUCGAAUAUUAAAGUUUGCGCGGAGCCAGAGCUGCUACCGAAAACAGAGCCACAGCCGGCAGUUGUGACAUUACUAGGAACUUUAUCUGAAUCCUCGAAUUUUUCGUACUGUACCUGCACUCAAUCAACACCGGCAACUGAGCCAACACCCGGCGCCCCCUCGCGUAGUCAGACAGCCAGACCAUUUAGGGAUUGCCAUUUGUGCAAAAGACCUAUUAUUGUGGUUCCCGGUGGGGAAGGAGUGCCAUUGCCACACUCUAAGCAUGGCCCCAAGCCAAAGAGUACAGACGCGGAUCGUCAAACCCAUUCCCAAGCAAAAGCCAAACAGAAGUCAGAUAAAAAAAUGUAUAAAAAAGAGAUAAAAAUAGAAAAAGCAUCUCACAGUCCCCAGUUUCCACGGCCAAACUUACACACAGAGGAUCCUUCAUGUGCAUGUCCCUCGCAGUCAGACCAAGAGACUCAUUCGUCCGACCUUGCGUUAAUAUCGGAAAUAUCAAAACAGUUGUGCGAGAUGAACAGGAAGUUGGAGAGAAUUCAAAGGAAUGAGAUACUCGAAAUACGCAAUCAGAUGGAUACGCUCAGCGCCAAUGUCCAGUCGCUGAACAAAACAUUGCAGGACAAGGCAAUGAAAACAGAGUCGUCAGCCUGCCUUGGUUGUACAGCGGAGCUGAAUAAAGACCAUAGUGAGACAAAAUCGGAACAUUCAGUGAAAGCCACAAAGAAUGAACCGCACUCCCCAAAUGAUCCAAAGAAAAAAGCCAUGGAGAUUAAGGAUCGUUCAUCGAGUAAUUGUGAGUUCUGUAAGGACAAGAAUCUACCAAUUCUGAACAGUUUCCACUUCGAGCUUAUCGCGCUGAUUGGUGACCUCAAAUUCAGUGAAGUUUUGAUGUCGAUUUUACUGCGACGCGACAAUGUCUACCAUGUGAGGGUGCAGGAUAUGAUCCACGACAAAGUCCUGGGCUGUUUCCUGGUAAGCGAUGCAGGCAUCGAGGAGGCCAUCAAGCUAGGUGUCUUCCAACAGACAAUGACAUUCAGUGUGGUCGAUGUACGAAACACGCUCAAAGCAGGAAAGGGCGCUCUGGGCAUUGCUUUCGAGUUCUCCAAUGAGAAGCGAGAAUGCUUAUGAAGUUUUAAUUUUAAACAGCAAAAAUGUAACACAAUUUUCACACAAUAAAUGGUAAAUCUAAGUAAAAUCGAUAA